GUGCCCAGAACAGGUUACUUAUCAAGCAUGGAAAGAUUGUCAACGUGGAUUCUGUGGUGGAUGGAGAUGUGUACAUUGAAGAUGGAGUAAUAAAGCAAGUUGGCAGCAAUCUGAUCAUACCUGGUGGUACAAGAAUAAUUGACGCUCGUGGAAAGUACGUGAUACCUGGAGGUAUUGAUCCGCACACUCAUUUAGAAAUUGAGUUUAUGGGUGCAAAGUCUGUUGAUGAUUUCUACCGAGGGACAAAGGCUGCUAUAGCUGGAGGAACUACUAUGAUCAUUGAUUUUGCUCUACCCAAGAAAGGCCAGUCACUACUUGAAACAUACCAGAAAUACAGAGAAUCAGCAGAUGAAAAAGUCUGUUGUGACUAUGGUCUACAUGUUGGAGUCACCUGGUGGUCAGACAAGGUUCGAGAAGAAAUGGAAAUUCUUUGUAAACACCAUGGAGUAAACUCCUUUAAAACAUUUAUGGCUUACAAAGAUGUUUUCAUGCUGGGUGAUUCUGAAUUAUUUGAAGUAUUUGAAAGGUGUAAAGAGCUUGGAGCAGUAGCAUUGGUUCAUGCUGAAAAUGGUUCCAUCAUAGCUAAGAAAGCACAACAAUUGUUAGCUGCUGGCAUUACUGGUCCUGAGGGGCACCAGCUGUCAAGGCCAGAACCAGUCGAAGCAGAAGCUGUUGGCAGAGCAUGCGUCAUUGCUAACCAGGUGAAUUGUCCCCUGUACGUAGUGCACGUAAUGAGUAAGCCAGCAGCAGAUGUGCUGGUGCAGGCACGCAAUGUCUCUUCUGCUCCUGGGCAGAGCCCAGUAUUUGGGGAGACACUGGUGGCUGCCCUUGCGUCUGAUGGCAAGCAGUACCGUCACACGUGCUGGUAUCAUGCUGCUGCACAUGUUGUUAGUCCUCCCCUUUCUCCUGAUGCUGACACCAAGAACCAUCUCCUUCAUCUUCUGGCCGAAGAUGGACUUCAGCUUGUUGGCAGUGAUAACUGUACAUUUAGUCUGGACCAAAAAGCUAUGGGUAAAGAUGACUUCACCAAAAUUCCAAAUGGUGUAAAUGGUGUUGAAGACAGGAUGUCAGUAGUGUGGGAAAAGGGUGUCCACUCUGGAGUCAUGGAUGUAAAACGUUUUGUCGCUGUCACCAGCACAAAUGCAGCAAAAAUAUUUAAUAUUUAUCCUAGGAAGGGUUGUAUUGCCGUUGGUUCUGAUGCUGACAUUGUUGUUUGGGACCCAGUGAAGACAAGAGUUAUUUCUGCUAAAACUCAUAAUCAGGCUGUUGAUUUCAACAUCUUUGAGGGAAUGGAAUGUCAUGGUGUUCCAGAAUACGUAAUAGUUAAUGGAAGAGUGUGUGUUGAUGAAGGUGAUUUGAAGGCUGUUCAAGGUUUUGGAAAAUUUGUUCCAACACCAGUGUAUUCGGAAUAUGUUUAUGAAAAGGUUAAACAUGCCGAAGAGGAUGCAACUUUGAAUGCAGUAUCAGUACCUGCAGUUGUAACGAAAAUGAAUGAACUCAAAUUAGAUAUCGCAGUUGAAAAUGGUGGAAUUCUUCUGGAGCCAAAACUGGCUGAUGAAGCACCUGUGUCCCCAGCAGCUGAAGCAUCACUCACGAGUUGCCCAUCAAAGGAGCUCGAUGACACUGCAAGGAAGUCCUGCAUCAGAGUGAAGAACCCCCCUGGUGGACAGUCAUCUGGUGGGUUUUGGUGAAGCAGUGCGAUUCUGUGCACGUAUUGGCAGCUGAUAUUUUGGUUAUGCUGUGCAGCAGUGCCUGGCAGCUGGAGUGAUAAUUGUUCAGAUACUUCAUGUGUAAAAUUGUAUGCUGUUGCUUUUUAAAAUUGGAAUUGUAAGGAGACGUUCCAGCUAUAUCUAGCUUGAAGUAAGCCACAGAAGAAGAAAGUGUAAGUUGAUUGUCGUGUGGGUACUUUUUCAUAGUGGUGCUUUGAAGAUAAGUUUAAUACGGUUGGUUUUGUUGUAAACGUUGUUUGUUAACAUUCUGCCCUCUGCAUUGUACCAAUUAAAAGCUCAUUAUUCUUAUUGUUAUGCAGUAAUAUUUUAAUUAUUCUCUUGUAAUGCUUGUUUGCAUCUGAAGCUGUUAUAAUUACAGAAGCUGGAAACAUUGUUUCAGUACUCUUUAAGUGUAGCUUUCUUUAAAUGAUAUUGAACAACUCUUCUACUCAGUAUUCAGAAAUACUUCGUCAGAGUGACAGAAGUCUUGGCUAUGUAUGUUGUAUGGUUGCUGAAAUGUAUGGAGUUAACAGAUUAACACUGCCUGUUUUUAUGAGCACAUUUUGGUAUACAGUAAUUGUUGUGCAUUACAAGUUGUGUAGAAAAAUACUUAGAAGUAAAUUGCAUAUAUGACUGUAAUAGAAUAAAAAUUGUUUCUUAAUGAUUUGUAUGCCAUGUAAGCACAGUUUCUCGAGAAAAAAUGUCUUCAUGAUGUUUGAAUGUUAAUCAAAUGAAUGUAUGUGACGACUGUUGUUUCUUCAUAUUGAUGGCACAGUGAACAGAACUUACUGUGGACAUUUUAAUUUAUUUUGCUUUAUCAAUUAAUAAAUUUCUUUAACCUUA